AUGUCUACCCGACGUACGGUUGAUAAGGCGAAGAAUGCGGGAGCAGAAGCCGCCGAGCUGGUGAAGCCUGCAGCGCAUGGCUAUGAAUUCGGUGGACCUAUUGGCGCGGCAUUGAUCUCCUUCGGUCUGCCCAUCGCCUGCUACGCGUUCGCCUUCCUCUGCAACGACGUCACCGGCUGUCCUGCACCAUCCCUUCUCUCGCCUCGCAAGCUGUUCAAUGCGCCUUUACUCUCCACGCAAUCUGGAUGGCAGCAUGCGCGUGGUGUCUUGGCACGUGAGGUUGGCUGGCCUGGAUGGACUGGUCUCGUGACUGUCGAGGGUGUGCUAGGAUCAUUGGCAUGGUACGGUUGGAGUUUGGCACUCUAUGCAAUGCUACCUGCGGAAGAGGUCGAGGGCACUGAGCUACGAACAGGCGGUAGGCUGAAGUACCGCUUCAACUCGUUCAUCUCCGCCUGCUUGACCCUCUUCAUCCUGGCGGCGGGCUCCUUCGCAUUAGGACCAGAGUUUCAGGUCUGGACAUUCAUCAAUCGCAACUACAUCCAGAUCCUCACCACCAACAUCGUCAUCUCGUAUGCGCUUGCCACCUACGUCUACCUACGAUCAUUCACGGUCAAACAAGGAAAUGCAGAGCGACGUGAGUUGGCUGCUGGUGGCCACAGCGGCAACAUCAUCUACGACUGGUACAUUGGUCGCGAGCUCAACCCGCGCGUCACUAUCCCUUACUUCGGUGAGAUCGACAUUAAGUCAUUCAUGGAAGUGCGCCCUGGACUUCUUGGCUGGCUCGUGCUCGAUCUGGCUUUCAUGGCCAGACAGUACGGCUCUUAUGGCUAUAUUACCGACUCCAUGCUCAUGGUCACUAUCGCGCAAGGCAUUUACGCGAUGGACUGCUUCUACAAUGAAUCAUCCAUCCUCACACAGAUGGAUCUGACCACCGACGGCUUCGGCUUCAUGCUGGCAUUCGGCGAUCUCGUUUGGGUACCAUUCAUCUACAGCUUGCAGGCACGAUAUCUUUCAGUGCACCCAGUCAUCCUCGGACCAUGGUACAGCUUCGCCAUCCUCGCCAUCGCAGGCUUCGGCUACUACGUGUUCCGCGCGAGCAACAGCGAGAAAAACACCGUCCGUACUGAUCCCAAUAACCCUUCAGUUGCCCACCUCAAAUACAUUACCACGCACACCGGUUCAAAACUACUCAUCACGGGCUGGUGGGGUCGCGCCCGCCACAUCAAUUACCUGGGCGACUGGUUCAUGUCCUGGUCGUACUGUCUACCUACGCUUCUCUCUGGCUACAGGAUCGUGGACAGUGUGCUUACACCCGGGAGCCGUCUGGUCACCCGCGAUGGUAUGGAGGGCGCUGCGAUACCAGUCACGUACUUCUUUAUGUUGUACUUUGGUGUUUUGUUACUUCAUCGUGAGAGGAGAGAUGAGCUGAAGUGCCGGCGCAAGUACGGUAAGGACUGGGAGGACUACUGCAAGAAGGUGCCGUACAGGAUCAUUCCUGGUAUUUACUAG